AUGUCGUCUUCAAAAUUUUUCAAAAAGGCAGAUGUUAUUGACAAUAGAUCAAUGUCUAGUGUGCGACAAGAAGAAAUCAGUAAUUCACAAGAAGUAGAAGAGGAUGUUCUUUCAGAAACCUCUGAGAUUUACCAAAGGCAAUUUAAUCCUAGGCCAUCAGUCAUAAAAAAAUCUAACUAUGGCAAAAGAAAGAGAAACAUUUCCAUCAACCGUAAUACAGGAUCAUAUGAAUCCUAUCAUACAAGAUCUAUAGAAUCAGGUGAUACGGAUAUAAAUUCGAACAAAGAAAUUGUGCCAUAUCAUGACGACCAGCCAAACAAUCCUGAUAAUUCUACGUCAGAUAAUGAAUACUCUUCCGAAAUGCCUAGAAAUAAAAUUAGGAACAAAGGUAAACAUCCUGCAAGGAACAGUAGAACAAAAGAAACUUCGAAAGGAAAAGAAAAGGCAGGAGGUAAUAAGAAUGAUAAAUCCAAAAAGAGUUAUGGCUCUAUGGAGCAGUACGUUUUUAAAACAUAG